AUGGCCAAUGCUAAGCUCGCCUACGGCUUCGAGUACCUGGGCGUGCCCGACAGGCUGGUCCGGACCCCCCUCACAGACCGCUGCUUCCUCACCCUCACCCAGGCCCUCUGCCAACGUCUCGGUGGUUCUCCAUAUGGCCCGGCAGGUACCGGUAAAACGGAAUCAGUCAAGGCCCUUGGUGUGCAGCUCGGUCGCUUCACCCUUGUCUUCUGCUGCGACGACACGUUCGAUUUCCAGGCUAUGGGUCGCAUCUUCCUCGGUAUCUGCCAAGUGGGUGCCUGGGGUUGCUUCGAUGAGUUCAACCGUCUUGAGGAGAGGAUCUUGUCCGCUGUCUCUCAGCAAAUUCAGAACAUUCAGCUUGGGCUGAAGCAGGGGGCCGAGGAUGAGAAGGCACAAAUCGAGCUCGUUGGCCGCCAGCUACGCGUCAACGCCAACACGGGCAUCUUCAUCACCAUGAACCCCGGCUAUGCCGGCCGUUCUAACCUCCCCGAUAACUUGAAGAAGUUGUUCCGCAGCGUCGCCAUGUCCAAGCCUGACAAGGAGCUCAUUGCUGAGGUCAUGCUCUACUCGCAGGGCUUUAACCAAGCCAAGCAGCUGUCCAAGCACACGGUGCCUUUCUUCGACCAGUGCGCCGCCAAGCUAUCGAAGCAAGCGCAUUACGACUUUGGCCUGCGUGCACUCAAGAGUGUACUGGUCAGCUCCGGUGGCCUGAAACGUGCCCGUCUGACCGAAACUGACGGAUCCCUGGGGGCUGAGGAGGUGGUGGAGCCCGAGAUCAUUGUUCAGAGUAUUCGCGAGACCAUCGCGCCCAAGCUGAUCAAGUCCGAUGUCGAAGUCAUGUCGGGCAUUGAGGGGGUCUGCUUCCCCGGCGUCAAGUAUGUACCGGCCAAUCUGGUGAAGCUGGAGGACGCAAUCCGCCGCCUGGCGGCUGAGAGACAUUUAGUUGUCAACGAGCUCUGGAUGACCAAGGUCCUCCAGCUGUACCAGAUCCAGAAGAUCCACCAUGGUGUCAUGAUGGUGGGCAACUCUGGGUCCGGCAAAUCUGCGGCAUGGAGGCUGCUUCUGGAUGCCUUGCAGCAGGUCGAGAAUGUCGAGGGCGUGUCGCAUGUCAUUGACAGCAAGGUCAUGUCCAAGGAAGCGCUCUACGGAAACCUAGACUCGACGACGAGAGAGUGGACCGACGGUCUAUUCACCAGCAUCCUCCGCAAGAUCGUCGACAACCUCCGUGGCGAGGACACCAAGCGCCACUGGAUUGUCUUUGACGGCGAUGUUGACCCCGAGUGGGUCGAAAACUUGAACAGUGUGCUCGACGACAACAAGCUGCUGACUCUGCCCAACGGCGAGCGUCUGAACCUCCCGGCGAACGUCCGCAUCAUGUUCGAGGUGGAGAAUCUUAAAUACGCCACCCUAGCCACCGUCAGUCGCUGCGGUAUGGUCUGGUUUAGCGAGGACACCGUCACUCCCGACAUGAUGGUUACCAACUACAUCGAGACCCUGCGUUCCGUUGCGUUCGAGGAUCUUGACGAGGAUGCUGUUGCCACGGGCCAGAGCUCGGCCAAGGCGCUGGAGAUCCAAGGCCAGGCGGCCGAUUUGUUCCAUGCGUACCUCACAACAGACAACUUCAUCCUCUUGGCCUUGCAGCAAGCCGAGGCAUUCAACCACAUCAUGGAGUUCACGUCGGCUCGUGUCCUCGGUACUCUCUUCUCGCUCCUAAACAAAUCGGUUCGCAAUAUCAUCGAGUACAAUUCGCAGCACUCUGACUUCCCGCUUGACCCUGAGCAGAUCGAGGGGUACAUCGCAAAGAAGCUGCUCCUUGCAAUGGUUUGGGCGUUGACCGGCGACUGUCCCCUUACGGAUCGCAAGUUGUUCGGUGAUAAGGUCGCUGGCCUCGCCAACUUCGGCUCACCGCCGUUGGACGGCACAAGCUCCCUCAUCGACUUCGAUGUCUCCCUACCAGGCGGGGAAUGGUCGCCUUGGCAAAGCCAGGUGCCGACUAUUGAGGUGAAUACCCACUCGGUUACGCAGACUGAUGUGGUUAUCCCGACCCUAGACACGGUCCGCCACGAGGAUGUUCUCUACUCUUGGCUCGCCGAGCACAAGCCGCUUCUUCUGUGCGGUCCUCCUGGUUCCGGUAAAACUAUGACGCUGUUCAGCGCCCUUCGGAAGUUGCCCAACAUGGAGGUGGUUGGCCUCAACUUUUCCAGCGCCACUACUCCCGACCUUCUCAUCAAGACGUUUGAGCAGUACUGCGAGUACAAGAAGACGCUGAACGGAGUCAUGCUUUCGCCCACACAAAUCGGCCGUUGGCUGGUCAUCUUUUGCGACGAAAUUAACUUACCCGCCCCCGACAAAUACGGCACGCAACGUGCCAUCUCCUUCCUCCGCCAACUGGUCGAGCACAACGGCUUCUGGCGGACAUCGGACAAGUCUUGGGUUACCCUUGACAGGAUCCAGUUCGUCGGCGCCUGCAACCCGCCCACCGACGCCGGCCGUACGCCCAUGGGCGCGCGUUUCCUCCGCCAUGCACCGCUGGUUAUGGUCGACUACCCCGGUGAGCAGUCACUCAUGCAAAUCUACGGCACCUUCAACUCGGCCGUGCUCAAGAUUAUCCCCUCGCUCCGCGGUUAUGCCGAGCCCCUCACCCAGUCCAUGGUCCGCCUCUACCUCGAGUCGCAGCAGCGCUUCACGCCAAAGAUCCAACCACACUACGUCUACAGUCCUCGUGAGCUUACCCGCUGGGUGCGCGGUGUGUACGAGGCCAUCAAGCCCCUUGAGGCGCUCUCUGUGGAAGGGCUCAUCCGCAUCUGGGCGCACGAGGCGCUCCGUCUCUUCCAAGACCGUCUCGUGGCAGAGGAGGAACGCAAGUGGACCGACGAGGCUGUUCACCGCAUCGCAAUGGAGCACUUCCCAAAUAUCGACGAGCAGAAAGCGCUCGGGGGCCCGAUCCUGUUCUCGAACUGGCUGUCGAAGCAUUACAUGCCCGUCGAUCGCGAGCAGCUGCGCGACUUUGUCAAGGCACGUCUCAGGACCUUUUGCGAGGAGGAGGUCGAUGUGCCGCUGAUCUUGUUCAACGACGUGUUGGAACAUGUGCUGCGUAUUGAUCGUGUCUUCAGACAACCUCAGGGUCAUUUGAUUCUGAUUGGCGUCAGCGGCAGUGGCAAAACUACGCUCUCGCGUUUUGUCGCCUGGAUGAAUGGUCUCAAGGUGUUCCAGAUCAAGGUUCACGGCAAGUACUCGGCUGAGGACUUCGAUGAGGAUCUGAGGGAGGUCCUUCGCCGCUGUGGCUGCAAGGGCGAGAAGAUGUGUUUCAUCAUGGACGAGUCGAACGUUCUAGACUCCGGGUUCUUGGAGCGCAUGAACACACUGCUAGCCAACGCCGAAGUGCCCGGUCUGUUCGAGGGCGACGACCUCGCGGCGCUCAUGACUGCCUGCAAGGAAGGGGCCCAGCGGCAGGGCUUGCUGCUGGACUCCCAAGAGGAGUUGUAUAAGUGGUUCACGGGGCAGAUUGUCAAGAACCUGCACGUAGUAUUCACGAUGAACCCGCCCGAGGACGGCUUGUCAUCCAAAGCAGCCACAUCGCCUGCGCUGUUCAACCGUUGCGUUCUUAACUGGUUCGGCGACUGGUCCGAUCAGGCGCUGUUCCAAGUCGGACACGAGCUUACGCACUCUGUCGAUCUGGACAGGGCGAAUUGGGGCGCCCCGGAUACCAUACCGGUGGCGUAUCGCGGCCUCAACCUGCCGCCCUCGCACAGGGAGGCGGUCAUCAACUCGAUGGUCUACAUUCACUACUCUCUGCACCGUUUCAACGCCAAGCUCCUCAAGCAGCAGGGCAAGGUCACCUUCCUCACCCCGCGGCACUUCCUCGACUUUGUUGCUCAGUACGUCAAGCUGUACAACGAGAAACGGGAGGAUCUCGAGGAACAGCAACGCCAUCUCAACGUUGGUCUCGAGAAGCUCCGCGACACGGUCGACAAGGUCCGCGAUCUCCGCGUCAGCCUCGCCGAGAAGAAGGCACAGCUCGAGCAGAAGGAUGCCGAGGCCAACGAGAAGCUGCAGCGCAUGGUUGCCGAUCAGCGCGAGGCCGAACAGCGGAAAAACACGUCGCUUGAAAUCCAAGUUGCGCUAGAGAAACAGGAGGCCGAGGUUGCGUCCCGCAAGAAGAUCGUGCUGCAGGAUCUGGCGCGCGCCGAGCCCGCUGUCGAAGAAGCCAAGGCGUCCGUCAGCAACAUCAAGCGCCAACAUCUCACAGAAGUGCGGUCCAUGAGCUCACCUCCGCAGGGUGUCCGCCUUGCGCUUGACUCGGUCUGUACGCUCAUCGGCCACAAGGCCAACGACUGGAAGCAGAUCCAGGCCGUUAUCCGCCGCGAUGAUUUCAUCGCCAGCAUCGUCAACUUUAACAACGAAGAGCAGAUGACCAAGGCGCUGCGGCUCAAGAUGCGCAACGAAUUUCUUUCGAACCCGGAGUUCACCUUCGAGAGGGUCAACCGUGCCAGCAGGGCGUGCGGUCCGCUCGUGCAGUGGGUCGAGGCGCAGGUCAGUUAUGCUGAGAUCCUGGACCGCGUCGGGCCCUUGAGGGAGGAGGUGGGCUUGCUCGAGGAGCAAGCCCUGCAGACCAAGGCGGAGGCCAAGGCCGUCGAGCAGACGAUCGAGAACCUGGAAUCCAGCAUCGCCACGUACAAGACCGAGUACGCGUCGCUUAUCAGCGAGACGCAGGCGAUCAAGUCGGAAAUGUCGCGCGUCCAGUUCAAGGUUGACCGCAGCGUCAAACUGCUAGAUAGCUUAUCGUCGGAGAGGACACGCUGGGAGGAGGGCAGCAAGUCGUUUGAGACGCAGAUCAGCACCCUGGUGGGCGAUGUGCUGGUUGCCGCGGCGUUCCUCGCAUACAGCGGUCUAUAUGACCAGACGUUCAGGAAGUCGAUGGUGGAGGACUGGCUCCAUCAGUUGCAUCUCUCGGGUAUCCAGUUCAAACAGCACAACCCAAUGACUGAGUACCUCUCCACCGCCGAUGAGAGGCUCGGCUGGCAAGAGAACACAUUGCCGGUUGAUGACCUCUGCACCGAGAACGCCAUCGUCCUCAAGCGCUUCAACCGGUACCCGCUCAUCAUCGACCCGUCAGGGCGCGUCACCGAGUUCCUGCAGAAAGAAUGCAAGGAUCGCCGGCUUACCGUCACGAGCUUCCUUGACGACUCGUUCACCAAGCAGCUCGAGAGUUCACUCCGCUUCGGCAACCCCAUUCUUAUCCAAGAUGCGGAGCACCUCGACCCUGUGCUCAACCACGUGCUCAACAAGGAGUACCAAAAGACAGGCGGUCGUGUCCUCAUCCAGCUCGGCAAGCAGCAGAUCGACUUCUCGCCAAGCUUCAAGAUCUAUCUGUCCACGCGCGAUCCCUCGGCUACCUUUGCUCCCGAUAUCUGCAGUCGUACGACCUUUGUCAACUUCACCGUCACGCAAAGCAGCUUGCAGACGCAAUCCCUGGCCGAGGUUCUCAAGUCGGAGCGUCCGGACGUGGACGAGCGGCGCUCAAACCUUAUCAAGCUGCAGGGUGAGUUCAAGGUGCACUUGCGACAGCUCGAGAAGCGCCUCCUCCAGGCGCUCAACGAGUCGCGUGGCAACAUUCUCGACGACGACAACGUCAUCGAGACGCUGGAGACGCUCAAGACGGAGGCGGCCGAGAUCUCCGUCAAGAUGAGCAACACCGAGGGUGUUAUGGCCGAGGUUGAGGAGAUCACGCUGCAGUACAAUGUCAUUGCCCGGUCGUGCAGUGCUGUGUUUGCCGUGCUCGAGCAGCUGCACUACCUCAACCACUUCUAUCAGUUCUCGCUGCAGUACUUCCUCGAUAUCUUCCAUUCGGUCCUUCACGGCAACCCGCACCUGGCCGGCGAGCUAAACCACACCGUGCGUCGCGACAUUAUCGUCAAGGACCUGUUCGUGAGCGCGUUUAAGCGUACGGCAUUGGGUCUGCUACAGAAGGACCGCGUCACUCUGGCGAUGCUGCUUGCUCAGGCGUCGCCGUAUAAAAUGGACAAGGGCCUGCUGGAUGUGAUACUGGACGAGCGGGUUGAGGGCAAGGAUGUAUCGUCUGACGUCGAAGCUAAGGAGGAUGUAUUCCUACGUGCCAAACGGAUCGCGCCGCUCAAGGAGAAGCUCGAUGGUGUUGCGGACGCCGACUGGGACAAGUUCUUCAGCGAAGAGCUCGCCGAGAACUUCGUGCCCAAGAUCUGGGACGACAGCACCGAGCCUGCGGACCAAGCGCUCAUGUCGCUCUUGCUUGUCAAGCUCUUCCGCCUCGACCGCUUCGUCCCGGCAGCCGAGCGCUUCGUCACGCUGGUUUUUGGCUCUGACCUCUUUGACGUGGUCGAGGACCUCAAGCUGACGGUCGACCAAGUCUCGGCCACGCGGCCGGUCUCGCUGGUCUCCAGCCCUGGUUUCGACGCCUCGUACAAGGUCGACUCGCUCGUGGAGCGCAUGCGCGUGCGCUGCACUAACAUCGCCAUGGGCUCCAACGAAGGGCUCGCCAGCGCGGACAAGGCCAUCGCCAAUGCGGCGCAGACGGGAUCGUGGGUGCUUAUCAAGAACGUCCACCUCGCGCCGACGUGGCUGCAGAGCCUGGAGAAACGCAUGGAGUCGCUGAACCCCAACAAGGACUUCCGGCUGUUCCUGUCGAUGGAGUCAUCACCCAAAAUCCCCGUCAACCUGCUCCGGGCCAGCCGUGUGCUCAUGUACGAGCAGCCUGCGGGUGUGCGCGCCAACAUGAAGGACUCCAUGUCGUCGCUGUCGACGAGGUCGGUCAAGAGCCCUGUGGAGAGGACGAGGUUGUAUUUGUUGCUCUCGUUUUUGCAUGCUGUUGUGCAGGAGAGACUGCGGUACGCGCCGAACUUGGGGUGGAAGGGGUUCUGGGAGUUCAAUGAUGCUGAUGUGAGUUCUUCUAUUUGCUUAUUCUACUCCUGUGGUAUGAUAUCAACAGCGGCUAACCCGACAACUAGUACGAAUGCUCCGCCUUUGUCAUCGACACGUGGGUCGACGCCACAGCCCAAAACCGCACCAACAUCGCGCCCGCCAACAUCCCCUGGGAGAUGA